UUUAUUUUUUUUGAUAAUUCAAAUGUCCAAGUUUCGCCUGACUAAUCCUGAGAAGUGGUAGUCUUCCCCCUGGUUCGCCACCAGGUAAAUUUGCAUGCGGAUACAACUUACACACACUUGGAUCGGACAUUCGGAAUAUGAUUCUUCUUCCUGUAAACGUCCAUUUACGAUGUGCGGACAAGAUCCCGUGCUCCAAAUUUUAAUUUGCGUGGAACUAGCCUAGGUGAAGUGGAAAUAUCAAGGCUGUAUAUUCACUAUUCAGGUGGUUAAGCUUUUCGGCUCCUUUACUAUCUGACAUUUUCCAUCCCUCGAUGCACUUUUCUCUUUUAAUUCUAUAUAAACACCUCGUUUGAUCCCUGUUUUCUGUUUCUGUUCACUAUUUUCAUCUCUCAUUCUCUCUCAUGGCUUCUUCAUCUUCUUAUAAUCACAAUGCUAAAGAAAUUCCCAAUUCCAGCGUACAAUUCGUAGCAUUUCCAAAUGGUUUCGAUCCAAAUACAAUCCCCAACACCACUUUUGUUCAAGCCGACCCUUCAACAUUCCGUGCCGUCGUUCAAAAACUCACCGGCACUACCACCACCACCACCCCAGACUCUGCAGCACAGAAACUCCCAUCCACCACCCCCUCUCGCUUCACCGGAAAACCCAUCCCCGGAGAAAUGGGUCCUCGGAAGCCAGCCUUCAAACUUCAUGAAAGGAGACAAUCUGCAAGAAAGCUAGAAAUCAAGCUUGGCGGCACCGCCAGUUCAAACUCAAUGGUUUCACCUUCUACUGCAAGAUGUCAUCAAAGGAAUUUUUUGGGGUUUAAUGGCGAAAUGUUAAUGGUUUCGCCGGUUUCGCCAUUGGAUCUUUUUGGGCGUGGGAGUCCAAGGACGCCGAGGUCUCCUAUGGAGGAAGAAGAAAGAGCCAUUGCAGAGAAGAGGUUUUAUUUGCACCCAAGCCCAUUGAGCACUCCAAGAGGGUCUGAACCACCGGAGCUUUUGCCAUUGUUUCCAGUUCAAUCACCUAGAGAAAACAAGUCAUUUUCUCUUUUUUAAUUAUAUUUGUUUCUUUUGGAUUGUUGACUUUAACUUUUAUGUAUUAACUUGUGUCCUAGC